GAAUUCCACCAUAUUUCCCUCGCUUUUAAAGCAAGCAGCCGUUCAUAUUUGAUGGUUGGAAUAAUAAAAAUUUGUCUAUACAAUCGAUAUAAAUUGAUUGAUAAUGUUUAUAAUUUUUAUUUCAAUUUAGUUUAUUGCAUUUAAUUUUUAAAAUAUUCAUUAAAUAUGUCUAAUAGUGAAGACGAUAAUGUUAGAAUUGAAAUUCAAAAGCUUUUAAAGAAAAUAAACAUUGACAUGGGCAAAUUAAAAGAAGAAUUAAAAUCAGUACACAAUCUAAUUGAAGAAAAUGCUUCAUUACCUAUUACUGUAAAAACAGUUAAUGAGAAAUUAAAAAUAAUUGCUAAGGAAGCAGGAAUUAAUUUAGAUCAACUAGAACAUAUAAAUAAUUCAGAUGAAGAGAAUGAAGAUAAAAGUUCUUCUGAUUCAGAAAUACAUGAUCAAAUGUUAAAUGAAAAUUCUCUAUCUUCGGGCACAAAAAGCUAACAGAAACAAUGAUGUCGAUCACAAAGUAAUAAUUAAGUUUCGUAUUUUUUACAUAAAUAAAAUUGUGUAUAUUU